GUUGACAGUGAAGACGUCAAUGCGGCUGUGAUACAACUUUAAAAAAAUAAUUUCAAAAUAAAAAUGAUAAUGCAAAUUAUUAUUAUUGCUUUACUGAGUGAGAUCAUAGAUAGACAGCCGCAUUGUAGCUUCAAUUCUCGUUAGUGGAAUUGUCAUUCGAUAAAUUAAUUGUGAUUUGGUAGUUGUCUUUUAAAUUUUGGGGACAAUUAGAUAUUUUGAAUAUUAAGAAACGAUUCCAGUAGUCGAUCCAUAACGAAAGUAGCAUUCUAUGGCACUAAUGUGCCAGUUCCCAACCAAACAACAUAAUUUAGGUUUAUAGCAAACUUUUUAAGUGACUACAUCAGAAACUGAAGUAUGGGUCUUGAAAAUUUAUUGGAAAAUUUAGGGAAGAACUCCCCAGAUGAAAUCAAUGAAGCAGUCAGGGUGCUUUCCAAAAUUGCAGAUAACAUAUUGAAGGAUCCUAAAAAUAGUAAAAUCAGGACUCUCCAAAAGAGCAAUGCAACAAUAUCUAAAAAAAUAUUAGCCUUAAAGGGAGGUGUAGAUUGCUUGAUAAUGAUGGGAUUCAAAGAGAAUGCUACAAACUUCACUAUGCCUUCAAAUACAUCAUUAGAAUCAGUAAUGGAAUUUAGAGAAAUCUUAGUCAGUUGGAACAAUUCCAUUCUUAGAAGUGAAGUCCCAGCUUCACAGGCAGAAAAACAGGCUGAAAUGGAAAUUGCACCUUCUGCAGAAUCUGUUGAGGAAAUUAUUAAGCCAGUUGCUUUGCCUCCAUUAGUACAGACAUAUUCAAAUCCGUUUCUGAGAAGAAUAGAAAUGUACGCCCAUAAUGUACUACAGUAUGAAGAUAAGAAUUUGAGAGGAAGGUGUAGGAAGCUUAUACCCGUCACAUUGUUAGAAUAUAAUGCUCAGGAACGCUUGAGGUCUAUACAGAAGCUCUCGAAAAAAGACAAGUUGCUUGAUGUGGAUGUUUCUUUACAAGAUAUGAUCAUACUAGAACUAUUGUCAUGGUUUAAGAACUAUUUCUUUACAUGGGUCGAUUGUAUGGAGUGUAAGCACUGUGGAGGUGAAACAGCCUUCUCCCAUAUGAGCACCGAUCCAAAGCUUUUGGUUUAUACAGAGCGAAUCGAGCUGCACAGAUGCAGGAGUUGCCACGAAUUUACUCCCUUUCCACGUUACACUGAUUUAAACAUAUUGUUGGAAACUAGAAGAGGACGGUGUGGUGAAUGGGCAAAUACAUUCACGCUAUGUUGCCGAGCUAUGAAUUGGGACGCUAGGUUUGUUGUUGAGGAGAACGAUCAUGUUUGGACGGAAGUUUACUCGAUUACACAAAAACGUUGGCUGCACUGUGAUCCAUGUGAAAAUAUCUGUGAUACACCUUUAAUAUAUGAAACGGGUUGGAAUAAGAACAUAUCAUAUGUGAUUGCAUACUCUGCUGAGGAAGUACAAGACGUUACUUGGCGAUAUUCUAGUAACCAUAAAGAAGUUUUAAAGCGAAGGAAGAAUUGUUUAGAAGCUGAACUGUUAGAUGCCUUAUUAGAAAUUAGGGAUAAAAAGCAAAAAGAAUUAUCUGAAUCGAGGAAGGAAUAUUUAACCAAGAGAAUGCUGAUGGAGGUUGUGGAAUUUUUAGUUGAGAAGAAACCAAAUGAUGUUGAUAAUAAGGGCAGAAUAUCGGGAUCUGCGGCUUGGAAACUGACAAGAGGUGAAAUUCAGAGCGAGGUGAAAUCUCACAUUUGGUCCAUACAUUCCAAUUAUAUAGGCGAUAGUAAAACAGUUACUAUAAAGUAUUGUUGUUCACAAGAUAAAUAUGAAUGCAGUGCUGAUAGUAUAUCAAUCAAUGGAAUGGAUUGGUCUUCGGGAGCAUUUAGUCACGAGUCAGUAUUCAGAAAAGUAGAAGAGGAUUGGAAAAUGGCAUACAUUUGUAGGAAAGAUGGAGAAGAAAAGGGAACUUUAACCUGGAAAUUAGAUGUAGGCAGCAAUCAAAGGGGAUUAAAAAGCCUGGAUGUGUUUUUCGAUUAUACUACUUUCGAAAAUGGAGCAGUAGAUGUAACCAUCUGUUCAGAGCAUGCGUGCUAUAUUUUACCAAAGGUUUUCCAAUUUUAGGAGAAAAGCAAAUCUCUUUAUCAGAGAUGCAAGCUGCAAGAGAGAUAACCAUAACUGCAGUAUUGAAGGGAGGUAAAGGAGACUGUGCGUGGCAGCACGCACAGCUGUUUAGACAACAUUUGGACUCGUCGGAGUAUCCAUUUUCUAUAACUUUAACUUUUGAAUAAUUAAUAGAUAAGAGAUGAAAAAUAGAUGAUUCUACAUGAAUGUAUUCGUUGAGUUUUUACAAAAUUUACAUCUUGUACAUUCAGAUUUUAAACUGGAAAUGUUUUUUUGGGUGGGGUUUUUAGGUGUAAUUUUAUUAUGCUUUAUACCAUUGGAUAAUAAAGAGCAAUGGUUUGAAUCA